UCCAAUUGGAUCUGUCGUCGCAUGUCGCAUGCAAUUUGUUUUGUUAAUUUUCCAAAUAAUCUCGGGCUUGGUGCUGCUGCCAAUUGUGAUACACUACAUCUAUUACAUAAUAAAUGCGAUUGCCGGCGAUUUGUGGGAGCAAAAGAGAGCCCAACAAAGGCAAUUGCUGCUGCAGAAAAGUGUCGUUAGUGCGGGCGCCGCAGUUACCGUUAUAAGCCCACCGUUGCCUUUGCCCACCUCCAAAGUACCAACAGCCGCAGCAGCAGCAACAACAACAAAAGCAGAGCAUUCUUCAACAAUGCAAACAAAUGAUGACGCCAAGUUUAUUAAAAAGCGGUGGAAAGGCGGAUCCAUUGAGCCUCAUCCCACGGACAAGGCGCUGAUUGUCAACUACCAAUUGGAGGCCACUGUCUUUGGGGAGCCCAACAACCCAAUGAUCGAGGAGAAGAAGCACUGUCAGAAAAUCAUUCGACUUCGAUCGCUGAAUGCCAAAACGGAUCCAGCGGCUUUGGCCCGCGAGGUGGUAGAGAAAUGCGAUCUCAUUCACAAGUCCCAGCUAAAUGACGUCGAACAGAUUAUCUUUUACCUGAAGAAUCGCAAGGAUAAUGCCAGCAAUGAUAUUCCGGACAAUAACACUCACAGCCGAAGAUCGGCGGCGUUGCACAACUCACAUACGCGCUCCUCGGCCAGAUCGCACAGCAGCGUGGCGGCCAUGACGAGCAGCACUGGCGGGGGCAGCGUCACAGGCGGCGGAUCAGUGGCCGUAACCACCAAUGGCGGUGGCUCCAGUGCACUGAACGCCGCUCCACAGCCCACAGCGGAUGUGUCCAUCAACAAUAUUGACGAGUAUGUGGAGCUGCUGUACGAGGAGCUGGGUGAACGGAUCAGGGGCUCAGCCAUGAUCCUGCAAAUGGCACGAAAUCCGGAUAAUCUUGAGGAGCUGGAAAAGAAUGAAGCCUGCCUCAGCGCCUUAUCGCGAGUGUUACGCGAAGACUGGCGCAAAUCUCUGGAUCUCUCCACCAACAUUAUCUACAUUUUCUUCUGCUUCUCCACCUACACCAAGUUCCAUCCACUGAUUGUGCAAUACAAGAUCGGAUCUCUUUGCAUGGAUGUGAUCGACUAUGAGCUCCGUCGCUAUGAGACUAUGCGGAAUGAGCUGGAUGUCCGCAAGCAGCCGAAUGGCUGCUCCACUCCGCACUCGGCAAAGGCCAGCAAGGAGAAGUUGAAUCGCAGCACCGACGACUUUCUCGACAUUAUGAACGAGGAGAAGCCCAAGGAGAUGGAACCACCGCGUCGUCGCAUUCCAGAGCUUAAGCAGCGUCCCAAAUCGGGCAACUGGAGCAGCUUCCAUGGCUCGAUGUCGUCGUCGCUGAUCAAAAGCCAGAUUCUCAAUAGCAGCUACCACGAGGCUUUGUGUGCCGGCGCUGUCGAUUCGCCCGUAACAGCAGCUCCCGCUGCGGUUCCCGCUGAAUUCAAGGCGGCGGCCCAGAGUCAGAGCAACGAAUCACUGGAUCGUAACGAUCCCAAGGUGAAAAAGGAGGAGAUUGAUCGGCUGAACAAGCAACUAAAGAUCUUCGCCAAGAAGCAAGAGCAGCUACUGCGCGUGGCCUUUUACCUGCUGCUGAACAUGGCCGAGAAUGUGAAGCUGGAGGAGAAGAUGCGCCGCAAGCAUAUUGUAAAAAUGCUGGUCAAGGCGCUGGAUCGCCAAAAUAUCGACCUGCUGAUGCUAGUGAGCACCUUCCUCAAGAAGCUUUCGAUUGUUGGGGACAACAAGGACGAGAUGGGCGCUUUGAACAUUGUGGCCAAGCUGCCGCGAUUGUUUCAGAGCACGCACAUUGAUCUGGUGCAGGUCACCCUGAAGCUGGUCUUCAACCUCUCCUUUGACGGGGGACUGCGUCGCAAGAUGAUUGCCGCCGGCUAUCUGCCCAUGCUGGUGAUGUUCAUCAACGAUGAGAAGCUCCACGGCAUCGCUGUCAAGAUCCUGUACCACAUGAGCCUGGACGACAAGGUGAAGGGGAUGUUCACCCAAACGGAAUGCGUUCAAAUGGCCACCGAUGCCAUCAUCCUAAACCUUAAUGUCAAGGUCGAUCUGGAUCUCAUUGCCCUGUGCAUUAAUCUGUCGCUAAACCGUAGGAAUGCCCAGAUCAUGGUCGAGGGCCAGCGCCUCCAUAGCCUGAUGGAUCGAGCAUUCAAGUACCAGGAUGCGCUGCUGAUGAAGCUGCUGCGUAAUCUCUCGCAACACGAAUCCCUGCAGCCGCAGUUCAUCGACUAUGUGGGCGAUCUGGCGCGCAUCCUGACCAUUUGCGACGACGAGGCCUUUAUUGUCGAGUGUCUGGGCAUACUGGGGAAUCUGGCCCUCACCGAUUUGGAUUACUCGCAGAUCCUGCAGAACUUUCAGCUGAUACCCUGGAUCCGGCAGCUUCUGGUGCCGUGCUCCCGACUGGAUGAUUUGGUCCUGGACACCAUCGUCUAUCUGGGUACCUGUGCCUGCGAUGAACUGUGCGCCUUGCUCUUCUGUCGCGCCAAGGUGGUCAUCUCGCUGAUUGAGCUGCUGAAGGCCAAGCAGGAGGACGACGAGAUUGUGCUGCAGAUAAUCUUUGUGUUCCAGCAAAUACUUCGCCACGAGAGCACCAGGGAGUACAUGAUCAAGGAGACCGAGUCGCCGGCCUAUCUCAUCGAUCUCAUGCACGACAAGAACGAGGAGAUCCGCAAGGUGUGUGACUAUUGCCUGGACAUAAUCGCCAUCAGCGACAGUGAGUGGGCCAAGCGCAUCAAGCUGGAAAAGUUCCGAAAUCAUAAUUCGCAAUGGCUGUGCAUGGUGGAGUCGCAGCAGGAUCAGGAUAAUGAGCAGGACUAUGCCGAUCAGGAGGAUGAGUGUGACAACGAUCUGGACACGUACCUGCGAUCCGAGUAUUUGGACAACUGCAACGAUCUCUACAACAAUGACAAUGCCGACAAUGACAGCAAUAGCAACAAUAGCAACAAUAAUCCGGCCAGCCCGGCCAUGUCCACCUACAGCAGGCCACUCAGCACUUAUCGGCGCAGUCAGGAUCUCGAUGAUCUUUACAACAUGACCUCCAGCUCCAAGUCGCAGGGCUCGUCCAGUGAUAAUAACUUUAUGUUCAAAUCGAACAAAUCCCUGGAUGCCGACGGGCUGCAUGAGGAACUGUUGAUGGCUUAGAGCGCCAACCCAAACCCAAAACCGAAACCGAAAUCGAUCAAAUUUUGAAUUAAGACGCUUCUGCAGAUGUUCGUUCCCAUUGUACAUGUUUAGUCACAAGUCUUUAGGCUUAUAUUAUACAUGCGACUUUUAGGAUAUAUAUAUAUAUACACUAUAUAUAUGUACUAUAUAUGCACGCUUUGUUAGUCAUUAAAGUUAAAUGGUUUUUAGCGACGCGGCCCAUUUUGUACUCAAGACAUUCAAAAUCGAGUGACGAGUUACGAGUCUUAACUUUAAUCUUCGGUUACGCUUUACUCAUUUACCUAUUGUAUACUGUUUAUUUGUUAUUUAUUAGUGCAUAAUUUGUAAUUUAUUGAGGCCUUGUGACGCGCUUUGCUUCUCCUUAAGUCAUCAUCACCCGCAAUGCAAAUGCAACUAUUGUGCAAUAUUAUCUCUCACUGAAAAGUAUUACGUCAAACGUUUUUUAGUUGUAAAUACUUGGUUGUUUUUUUACUGACCGCUCUCCUUAAUUUUUUAUGUUUAUUAUUGCUUAUACACCUAACCUAACGAACGAAAAAGUCAAAUUGUAAUAUUAUUAAUGGGUGGCAAAAACUAAAAAUAAAGCCCAAAUGGAAAAAAUAUACAAAGCUGUACUGUAAAUGUGUUUUAAAA